UUUUUUUUUUUUGUUUUUUCUUCUUUAUGUUCAUUUAAUACCAUCACUUUUAAAUUUUUAUAUAUAUAUAAAACCCACUCCCUUCCUUUUUUGUUAUAUAAUAUCACUAAUACCUAUUACAACAACGAGAACAACAAUAACGACGAAACCACGAUAACCCAAUGAUGAUACUUUUAUUACUAUUGUAUUUCACUUCAACUUUAUCAGUUAUAUCAUGUACUACUAUUCCAUCUUCAGUGACUUCAAUGGUAGAUUUAACCUCAUUAGAACAAAUGGGUUUAGCUGGUUGGUAUGGUGGGAUUUCACUCGUGACAGAUACUCAACAAUUGACACAAAUUCAACUCAAUACUGGUUCAGCUCUUUUAUAUAAAAACAAUACCUUAUUUCAACUUUUGGCUUCUACGUCUAUUAGUGGUUCUAUUUAUACGAGUUGUCAACAAGGUAACGAUCUUUAUAUUGGUGGUUACUUUUCUACUUUGAAUCAACAAAACGUAUCGAAUAUUGCCAAACUUAGUUAUAAUAAGGAUGGUACUGGACAAAUCACACCACUUGUCAAAGGAUUAGAUGGUCCAGUUUAUAGUCUUUAUUGUGAUACAGAUCGUAUUUAUGUUGGUGGUGACUUUUUGGCUCCUUUUACAUCUUCUCCUCAAUAUGGUGAUUCUUUAGCUUAUUAUGGCGGUAGUAUGGCCGUAUGGAUGAUAAAGAAUGGAACUUGGUCUUCUUUACCUUGGAAAGGUGUUAAUGGUCCAAUUUAUUCAAUUGAAAAAUUCAAGGGUUCCAUUUAUUUUGCUGGUCAAUUUGAUUCUACUACCGAUGGUCAAUCUAAUCAUGCUCCUGCAAGUCAACCUAUCAAUCUUCAAAAACCCGCUACUGUUACUGCUGAAGGAUCUGAUCCUAAUUAUAGUGAUGCUUCUGUAGUCAUUUGUUCUGCUUUAGAUGAUCAUCCUUGGUUACUUCAAGAUAAUACACCUGGUCAUUGGGAAGUUUCCUUUGUUUAUGCUGUUUCUCCUUCUCUUUUUCGAUUGGGUAAUACUUUCUAUGAAGGUCGUGGCACAAAUCAAUUUGGUAUUUUGGCAACAACUCAAAAUCAUUAUUUGAAUUUAUCUUAUGUGGAUCCAUCAACUGGUCAAAGACGUUUUUGUACCAAUAAUUGUUCACUUUCUAAUGAUCCAACCGUGCAAUUCCAAGAUUUCCUUGUUAUCAAUCCUAAUAUGACCACUGGUGUUCGUAUUGAUAUCUCUUCUUGGUAUGGUCUUGGUGGUGGUUUGUCAAGUGUGGAAAUUUAUCAAUCAGAAAUUUUUGUUCAUGCUGGUAAUGUGGGUGGUUUUCCCGAUUGUUCCGCUUCCGAAAAACAACAAUUACCAGUAGCUACAGCAACCACAAAAGGCAAAUGGACAAAUGCACAAACAGGUUACACGCAAUAUUUGACUUCUACUUUUCCAGCACAACAAUUAAAAACAAAUACCAAUUCCGUCACUUUUACACCCAAUCUACCUGAACAAACUGGCAAUUACUCCAUCUCUAUAUAUACUCCUGGAUGUAACAACAAAUGUCAACAACGAACAAAAGUAGAUCUUCAAAUCUAUGUAAAUAGUACUUCUCCUAUUACUGUUACCAUUGACCAAAACACAUCUGGGGAUCGCGUAGAUAAAAUAUAUACUGGUCCUAUUUCACCUACUACUGCCAAUUUCAAACCUCGUGUCGUCCUCUCUGUAUCUAAAUCAGCAACCACUCCAACGAAAGGCAAUGUUAUUCUUGUCGCCGAUAAAGUACAAUGGAUCAAAGAAGCUUCGAUUCCUGGACUCUCUAGCGUCUUGGUCUAUAAUCCAUCUGUUCAAUCAACCACAAACAAUACUUUAUUGCCUUGGUCCACUUUACCACAGACAAAUAAUCUACCUUGGAAAUCUCAAGUCAAUACUAUGGAUAUUGUCAAUGGUGAUCUUUAUAUUGGUGGUAAUUUUUCCGAUACAAAUGCUGGAAAUAUGAGUUAUCACAAUAUUGUCAAGUUGAAUGGUCAAACGAAUCAAUUAGUGCCUCUCUCUGGUACUGGUGGACUUAAUGGAAUCGUAUCUUCCUUGACUCAUAUUGGAUCAGAUCUUUAUGUGGGUGGUGCUUUUGAUGGUUUCCCAGCACAAGCGACAGUAGCAACAACUUCACCUCCUUCAAAGAAUGUGAUCAAAUACAAUACACAACAACAAUCGUGGGUCAAUCUGGAUGGAGGGGUCAAUGGGCCAGUAUCAACAGUAGCAUUGACAGGCAACAAUCAAACUCAUGUACUUGUAUCUGGAAGUUAUACUGGACUUUACGAUGCUACGGGAACGAUAAUUGCAAAUACGACGUCAGGAAAUGCGUGGUGGUAUUCGGCAACCAGUAGAUGGGCACCUAGUAUUGAUCAGCCAUAUCUUUCCGGAAUUGUAUAUACGACCGAAAUGGCAGCACCAUCAGCAACAGAUCAACAGCGACAACAACUCUAUCUUGGUAACAUCAAAAGUGCUCAACGAUAUGCAGCUCAUGGAUUUGUUUAUAUGAAUAAUCAAACAAUACCCUUGGCACCCUUACCAUUUCAACCAAAUGCUAGUAUGCAAACAGAUGUGAUUACGGCAGGCGCAUUUUGGAAUGAUCCUCAACAUGGAAAUGCAAGCACGAUUAUUCUGGGCGGUUCAUUUACUUUAUCUUCACCUAGCAAUUCAACAGCAACCAUUCGCAAUGUGGCCAUGUAUCAAAAUGGACAAUGGCAAGGGAUUGGUGCGGACGCAUGGCAAGGUUCGAUUCAUACCAUGAUGGUGGUCGGUAAUAGACUCUUUAUUGGUGGACAAUUCUCUACAUCUACCCCAUCAGGUGCAAACUCUUUUGCCAUUUAUGAUUUGGUAAAUCAAACGUUUGUCCAUGUACCUGAUCUUCAUACCAGCGAUGGAUCACCGACUCUUGUGAAUGUGAUCAAGUAUAAUGAUGCUGAUAGUGUGGUGAUUGUUGGUGGUAAUUUCAGCACUGGUGGUUCUCUUAGUUGUUAUGGUGUUUGUGCUUUGGAUAUGAAUGAAUACCAAUGGAAUAAUUUGGGUGAUGGUGUUCUUGGCAAUGUUACUGACUUUGUUCUUAUCGACAACAAAUUGAUGGUAGCUGGGAAUUUGACACUUGCAAAUGGUAAAGCAGUACCUGUUGCAGCUUAUGAUUAUGGUGGAAAUUAUUGGGAUACUAUCUCAUCAGAUACAACUGAAAAUGGCUUGCCUGGGCCUUGUCAUACUGUUUCGUAUGAUAAUAAUACUCGUACCACCUUUUUUGCUGGACAGACGAAUACUUCAACCGCUUAUAUUCGAAUGUGGAAUGGUCAACAAUUCUCUUCACCAAAUGAAGAAUUAGGACCUGGAAGUACCAUUGAACAACUAUCGGUUUUACCAACAGUGACCAAUACGACAUCCAAUCUUGCUGGCAAUUCAAAGGCUGUUCUUUUGGCAACAGGAUUUUUAAAUCUGGGACAAGGAAACGUCAGUGCGGCAUUAUACAAUGGUACGAAUUGGAUCCCUUAUCUUGCGGCAUCUGCUGUAGAUGGUACCUCUGGAUUAUUUAGUCGUGUCUUUUUCAAAUCUUAUAGUAUGAGUGUCCACAAUACUCGACAUUUGCCUACUCCUCUAGUGAUUCUUAUAUCUGUUGCUUCUGCUCUCGGUGUUGUAUUUGUUUUGAUUUUAUCAUCUUUGAUGGUGAUGUUUGUCAAACGUCGUCAAGAAGCUAAAGUCGAUUGUGCGCAACCUUGGAAUUAUUAUGGAAAACCACCACAAACACCAGAAGCUUUAUUGGAGAUGCUUGCUUCUGGAAAUGCUGUUACUGGUCUCUAUUCUCUUACUGAUAGCAGCAACAAUGAAAAAGGUAUUAUUGGUCAAAAAGCUGAAUUCGGUACUGUUGUUAGUGCUGCCACUCUUGGUGCUACAACUCUUGGUGCUGCCUCUAUGACAAGCAAUGGUACCACGAAUGAAAAAGAUAUAUCACCACCUCCUGCUGCUUACUUGGCUAAUCCCACUGGUGCCUUUGAUGGUCCUCGUGAAAUGCAAUCCACCACUACUACAAGAGAAAUGGUGACUCCUACGACUCAGCGAUCUUCUUACAAUCCAUUCCGUGCAUCUGCUACUCUCGGUAUGGCCGUCUCUGAACCUGACAUUGAACCGCCAGUAUUGAAGUCCUCAUCUGUUUCACCUGCAUCCUCAAGAAGAUCAUCUGUAUCGUCUCUGGCUUCUUAUCACGACACUACUUAUGGUGAUACUUCUUUUGCGGAUACUCCAACUGCGCCAACAGAUACUUCAUCACAAUCUGAUCCACAUGCAUUUUUAACAAAACCGUUUGACCUAUCCUCCUCAUCAUCAUCUCAACAACAAAAAUCAUCUUCACCUUCAUCUCAACAACAACAAUCAUCUUUACCUUCAUCUCAACAACAACCACAACAACAACAAAAACAAAAACAAUCAUUAUCAUCACAACAACAACAGCAAUCAUCAUCAUCUUCAUCACAACAGCAAGGUCAUCCAGCUUUAGAUGGACGAGCAGCAUCGAAAAAGAUGAUUCAAGAUUACUUUUCCUCAAGAGGUGAACUACCCAGUGGUACGACAACCAAGGAAGAAAGUAAACCAUACAAGGACGAUUUUAAACGAGCCAUGCAAGCAGCUUUGGAAAACAAUCAAGCCAAUAAGGAUCAAGCCAAUUGUAGUGCGGAUCAUCCUUAUCUAUAUGUUGCCAAAUUUGAUUUCUCUGCACGAGAACAUGGGGAACUUGGAUUUGAAAAAGGGGAUCCUAUCAUUGUCAUUGAUGCUGAAGAUGAUAUUUGGUGGAUGGGUUACAAGGAUGGUGAAAAACCUCAACAAGGUGUAUUCCCCAGUAAUUAUGUAGAACGUGCCACUAGUUUACCAUAUUAA